AUGGCUCAUGCAGCACAUGUACUGCUGCUGCACCGCUUCAUGCCCAUAGACCUGUGGGCUCUGGGUGAUCAGUAUGUGAAAGAUGAGUUCAGGAGACACAAGAGCGCAUUGGCUGAAGAGGUCACGCGCUUCAUGGCGGAAUGGCAGAACUACAAAGACACCCUACAGACGCAGGUGCUGGAAGCGGUGGGAAACAAGAAGUUGGCAUUUGGCGCUGAUUUAUCAGAAGAGAAACUCAAAGACUUUCAAGACGAGCAGAUCGGACACCUUUACGAGCUUAUGCUUGAGUCCACAAAACCCAACCGGCAGUUUGAUAUUCAAGACGAGGGAAUACCAAAGUAA